UUGGUUAGUUUUCAUAAUUCAAGAUGGCGCCAGUAUAAUGUGUGAAAUGCAGUGAGACUUUUCGUACGACUGUUUUACGUUUGCAGAUCGUGGUGUAUUUUUAAAUAAUUAUCAUGUCUGGAUUUACUGAAAACGCGCUCAUUCGUAAACUCCAAGAACUAAAUUCCAGCCAGCAAAGUAUUCAGACAUUAUCUUUGUGGCUAAUUCAUCACAGAAAACACCACGCAGCAGUCGUCAAAACUUGGUUCAGAGAGUUGCUAAAAGUUAAAGAUGCUAGACAACUUACAUUCAUGUACCUGGCGAAUGACGUGAUACAAAACAGUAAGAAGAAGGGUCCAGAAUAUGGCAAAGAAUUUGGCGAAGUUCUGGUGGAAUCCUUCCAACACAUGGCUAAGACUGGAAUAGAUACAAAGACUAAAAACUCAUUGCACAGGAUAUUGUCUAUUUGGCAAGAAAGAGGUGUAUAUGAUGCACAGAAAAUACAAGACUUUAAAGAUGCUAUGGACUCAAGUAACUCUAUAAAAGCAAAUAAAGUAAACAAAAGAAAAUCAAGUGAUAAUGAGCCAAAAGAGCCAGCAAAGAAAAAUAAAGUUGAAGGGAGAGCUAAGAGUGAGAGACGUCAUAGUGAGACUAAGGUGGAAGUCGAUGGACAUAUUGAAACUCAUACUACUUUGAGUCCGAAAACUCCACCUGGGGAUCCACCGGAGCCUGAGGAGUUAAUUAAGGCAUUAUUAGAGCUAGAAUCAAGCGCAUCUAGUGAUGAAGCAGUGAGGGAACGGAUAGCGUCCCUCCCGCCAGAAGUAUCCGAAGUUCAGUUAUUAGAUAAAUUACGAGACAAGGAAACUGCGUUAAGUCUAAGCGCUGUUGUGAAUUCGGCUGCGGAACUAUUAGCGGAAUACAAUUUGAGGCUGACUGAAGAAUUGGAGAAAAGAAGGAAAGUGGCUGGUAUGUUGCGGGACUUUGCGCAGGCGCAACGGGAUCUCGCUAAACAAGCUGAGGCUAGGCUGGAGGAAUAUAACAUAAAACUGCAGAAGAUCUACGCUGUGAAAGCGGAAGUAAAAUCGCACAUAGACAACCUACCCGACGUGUCGCGGUUGCCUGACGUCACAGGGGGGCUGGCGCCACUUCCUUCCGCCGGCGAUUUGUUCAACAUUUAAGACUAAUUAUAAUGUAAAAACAUUGUCAGGGUCGUCUCUGUAAUUAGAAAUAUCACGCAAUGUAUGAAUACAUAUUUUUCUACACGUUUUAUUGAAGACAUUGUAGUCUGAAAAAACAGACAAUAGCUAUAAAUAUGAAUAUAGUGUUAUUUUAUUUAUCAUAACCACGAAACACCAAUUACAGUGACCUUAGAAACACAAAUGCCUUGCGUAGAUUCGAGUUGCUGCCACCAUAGCCAAUCAUAUGACGCUAUGCACUAUAUGUAGGUAUGUACUUGAAUAAUAAUUAUAUAUACGACAGCAGUAUUAGAAAUAAUAAUUGGAACUAUUUGUGGUCAAUUUGUUUUAUGCUAAUUCUCGGUUACUAAGCUUAUGUUGAUGGACUCGCCCGCCCGCUACAUCAUGGUACGGAAUACAGUCUCUGCUUAUCCCUUCGGGAAUAAAGGCGUGUUGUGUUUGUGUGUUUUUUUUCACCUAAUUUAUUCAAAUUCAUUUAUUGACUUCAUAAUUUUAUUGAGAAACUUAUUUGUCAUUCUAUCAAUUUUAGAUUUUAGAAAUUAACAAAACCAUGUUCAGCCUUAUAAAAUAGAUAUUAUAAUCAAUAUAAUGAAUGUAGAUAAGCUAUGCACAGUUAGAUAUAUACAUAUUGGUCUAGAUAGUUUUAUAUACAGCAGUUUUACCAAUAAAUAGCAAUAAUAUGUACCUCCGAAAAGGAUAGUAGGGACGCCCUGGCAAUGUUCAGUUAAUUUGUUAAUAAUCGUAUGGGUUCUCGAAAUGUUUAGAAUUAAUCGUUUUUAACAGAAUACCUUUUGGUAUAUUUCCUUAUAUUUACUAGAUGAAUAAAUGCUACUUUAGUUUUAGCCGAAAGUUUACGUGUUUCUCCACAGAAAACCAAUAUUGGGAAGCUUUCAAUUCGUCAUUAAUGAUGUUUAAUAUGCUAACAUCGAUUCAAUUAACGAUGUACCCGGGCUAGUUUUGAAUGAUUGCUCAAAGAAAAUAUGCGUUGUGCACUCGAAUUACAGUGCUGCUUGAUUCAGCUCUUAGCAUAGUUGACAUAUAACGCAGGGAUUUCUUUAAAAUUCAAUAUUCAUGAGAUUUUUUAAAUAGUUGACGCGUUUGCCACGAGAUGUUACUCCAGUAAUGAUAAUGCACGUGGGAUUUAUUUUCUGCAAUACUAAGAAAAUAUUUAUUUACUUUUAAUAUUUCUUUUAUUAUAAAAUUGUAAUGUGGAUAAAAAAGAUAAUGCUGGAUAUUAUAUUAAGUAUGUAAAUAAAGUACAUACUAAAAGUAAAAAUAAUUUAAAACGAUAAAUUCUAAACACAAGUUGAAUGAAUGUAAAAUUGUUUCUGAAUACAUUUAAAAUCAAUAUCUUCCAGCAGUUAAUAUAUCGAAUAUAUUUUUAAAGAAAAUAAAAUAUUAAUGAAGCAAUAACAGUACAUAAUAUACAUGUUUGUAUCGAAAAAACGCUUAAUUAUAUUAGUGUUGCCUCGUAUAACAUAUGAAAUUAGGAUUAAUUAAAAUAGACGUCACCAUCGAUUCUAUAGGCGAGUUCCGUAAAAUGAAUAUUUCGACUACGGUCCAUAAAUUCCCAUUCUCCUCACUAUUCUAAAAUUGGGCUCGAGAGUGCGGGCUCUUCGUUCACUAGAGUCAAUUUUUUAGAACUUCAAUCUACGCAAUUUUAUACACCCGGCCAUGAUUGUGUAAGUAAUUAAAUUCAGUCACAACAGACAUUAAAAUAUGACGCCAUUAUUACCUUGUCAAGUUGAUUUACAUGAGCGUCCUAAAGGGAGGGGAGAUGGGUCAGGAAUGUCCAGUACCAUUGACAUAAUUUUGUUCCAAAUGUGCCUACUUUCUAACAUAAUAUAAUAGACAUAAAGUUAGGCUUCGUCCGCACUGUGACUGAAGAAACGCUGCGAUUUAAAAUUGGAAGCCAAUAAUAUCAGAAACCAAAGCCGUGACUUCUAAGGCUCGAUCCUAAAAUCAUGUACGAUUGUAUUAUGUUUACUCGAAAAUCAACUAUAAAAUAUUUACGAUAUGACAAAAUAUUUAUUGUAUUUAUUCAUAAUUCUAGUGUGUCACGACAAAUUGGAAUUUAAUAGUUGUUACUAAACACACAAACAAUACUUAGCUUAGUAAUUAGGGUUCGUAUAAGUAAAUUGCUAGAUGUUCGUUAAAAAAUAUUAAAAACAACAAAUAAGUUGAGUGAAAUAAUAGAAAUAGUAUAUUCAGCUGCCUUAAUAAUAAUAAACUGCACUUUGGAUAAAAACACAACAUAAUCAUAUCUUAGUAAAUAGGUUAUUAUUUUAUUGUCUUAUUAUUUAAAACAUUUUCACGAUGAAAUAUACAAGGUGGGUUAAACUUAAGAUAUGUCCUGCUGUUAUUUAAUAUUGAUUAUUUAUUAUCUACUAAAAAUGGAGCUUCUCAUUGCAUGUCCAAUACUUAAGCAAGUGCAUGAUUAAAAUUUUAUGCCUCUUUUAAUUUGUGGCCUUUGCAAUAAAAAAAAAUCCGAUAGAGACAUUAUGCAUCUAAUAUUCCGGUAUCAUGUUUGGAUCCUUGGUAAAUGACAAAGAAACUGCUGAACGGAUUAGGCAAAAAUUUCGCACACCGACACACAACGUCCUGAUAUAAGGCUAAUUUAUUUAGGAACAUGCGUGUGGGCAUAGCGGAGCUGUGAGAGCCUAAGCACCACUUGAUAAUUAUAAAAUUAAACAAAUAAAUAAAUAUUUAUUGCACAUUGUUUGUGUGUGACUGCAAAAAAAAUUGUGAAGCGUACGUGACUAGUAAUUUUGAAUAAUAUUAUGAAAUACAUAUUUGUUCAUCUGUUGUUACAUAAUUUAAAACUAUUCAACGCCCGCUAUGAGACAUUGAUAUUUUGCGUGACAUUAUUGAAUUUCAUUGUACGUACAUCUUAACCUUUUUUUAAUUGUUUUUUUAAUUGAUCUUUUAACUGCUAUGGAAUUGAAAAAAUCGUUGUUUUUUUUUUCAUAUUCAUUACCCACGAUUACAAAAAUUUCCAUCGUUUUGGUGCCCUUAAAUGUAUAAUGAAUUACGACUUUCUCAAAUUUUGACAGUUAUGCCGAUAUUGAAUGUAAUGUAAGUUGACUUUGUUUUUUGUAAACCAAAUACUAUAUUAUAAUUUGGUGCCAGCUAGUGUAUUUAGCUUCCACAACGUGGAGCAAUAGUGUUAGUGAAUUAUAAAAUUUGUUACAUUAACAA